AGGAGAAUACUUAAUAAUACGGCGAAACAUUUAUACAAAACACCUAUCCCGAGCACACGCAAGGGAACCGUAGACAGGCAAGUGAAAUCCAAUCCACGAAAUAAAUUGAUCCAUGGACGGCACCGUUGUGGUAAAGGUCGUAAUGCCAGAGGAAUCAUUACCGCAAGGCAUAGAGGGGGAGGUCAUAAGCGCCUAUACCGUAAAAUCGAUUUUCGACGGAAUCAAAAAGACAUAUCUGGUAGAAUCAUAACCAUAGAAUACGACCCUAAUCGAAAUGCAUACAUUUGUCUCAUACACUAUGGGGAUGGUGAGAAGAGAUAUAUUUUACAUCCCAGAGGGGCUAUAAUUGGAGAUACUAUUGUUUCUGGUACAAAAGUUCCUAUAUCAAUGGGAAAUGCCCUACCUUUGACCGAUAUGCCCUUAGGCACGGCCAUACAUAACAUAGAAAUCACACGUGGAAGGGGUGGGCAAUUAGCUAGAGCAGCAGGUGCUGUAGCGAAACUGAUUGCAAAAGAGGGUAAAUUGGCCACUUUAAGAUUACCAUCUGGGGAGGUCCGUUUGGUAUCCCAAAACUGCUUAGCAACAGUCGGACAAGUGGGUAAUGUUGGGGUGAACCAAAAAAGUUUGGGUAGAGCCGGAUCUAAGUGUUGGCUAGGUAAACGCCCCGUAGUAAGAGGGGUAGUUAUGAACCCUGUGGACCACCCCCAUGGGGGUGGUGAAGGGAAAGCCCCCAUUGGUAGAAAAAAACCCACAACCCCUUGGGGUUAUCCUGCGCUUGGAAGAAGAACUAGGAAAAGGAAAAAAUAUAGUGAUAGUUUUAUUCUUCGUCGCCGUAAGUAAAUACGUAACUAGGAAUAUGGAAAAUUGCAUUUUUGGAAUUUGCAAUAAUGCGAUGGGCGAACGACGGGAAUUGAACCCGCGCAUGGUGGAUUCACAAUCCACUGCCUUGAUCCACUUGGCUACAUCCGCCCCUUAUCCAGCUAAAGGAUUUUCUCUUUUUUCCAUUCAUUAUUAUUCUAUUUAUUCUGACCUCCAUACCUCGAUCGAGAUAGUGGACAUAGGAUGCCACUCUUUAAAAUGAAAAAAAGGAGUAAUCAGCUGUGACACGAAAAAAAACGAAUCCUUUUGUAGCUCGUCAUUUAUUGGCAAAAAUCGAAAAGGUCAAUAUGAAGGAGGAGAAAGAAAUAAUAGUAACGUGGUCCCGGGCAUCUAGCAUUCUACCCGCAAUGGUUGGCCAUACAAUCGCGAUUCAUAAUGGAAAAGAACAUAUACCUAUUUACAUAACAAAUCCUAUGGUAGGUCGCAAAUUGGGGGAAUUCGUGCCUACUCGGCAUUUCACGAGUUAUGAAAGUACAAGAAAGGAUACUAAAUCUCGUCGUUAAUUGAAUUCAGAAUAGAAAGAUU